AUGUGGACCUGCGCAGCGUGCCACACAGAUGAUUGUUGGGGAAGGACGAACGUAUGCUACUGGUGUAAGAAGCCUCGGCAAGCGCCCAAGAGUGACGGGCAGGGCGACGGACCGAAGGACACGCACCAGGACGCCGAUGGCGACGCCUCGAAUGAGACCACGUCAGGGAUUGCGAAGAAGCUGGAGAUUUUCAGGGCCCGCCUCAAAGAUCUAGAACAACUCUCGCAGGAACCUGGCAUGGGGUUCGCAUCGGAAGCCACGACGAAGCUGCAAGAACAGAUCGACGGGCUGCUGGCGCAAAAGGAAGCAACACUACCAGCAUGCUACGCGGACGCGGCCGUGCGCCGCCGUCUCCGUGGAGCAGAGAAAGCGCAGACAAAGGCAGACGCCCAAGUGGCGAAGCUCAAGCAGAAGCUCGAGGACAUCCAGACUCAGCUGCGCGCCGCACAGAACAAGGCCGAACAGGCGGGCAAGAAGGUCGAGUCCCUCCGCGUCAAGGAGAAGUCGCUGGCCAGGCCCCCCACGCCCAAGGGCUGGGACUCGGUCUGCGCGCACCUGGAGCUCGCCAAGACGUCCCUGGGGGCGGACGGCGAGGAGCAGGAUGCGGAGGUCACCAAGCAGUUGGAGGUGGCCCUCGCGCUCGCGGCGAAGAGGAAGGCGAACGCUGCAGAGAAGAUGGCGGUGGUGAUGGACGAAGACGGGGCAAGCCUCAGCGGCGACUGCCCACGCUACAAGAGGCGCGCUCGUGCAGGCCCCGAGGAGCAGGGCGAGGACGUCCUCCAGCUCAAGGCCAAGGCAAGCCCCAGGAGAUCGCGACAGCCCGUAAGCAGGCCGGUGCCAGGGAUGAUGAACGACAUUCCAGACCAGUGUGCAACUACCAGGUCAGACAAACAGGUGUUCAUCACGUGCAAUGCGAACACCGCCAACCAGUUCGAGAAGGUGCUGCACCGGCCGCGCUACCAGGCCGAGGCGCCAGUCGUCUUCGACCAGGAGCUCCAGCUGGCGCCCAAGCAAGUGAAGUUGCUGUCGGCCAGGCUCAUCGAAUAUGGCUGGAAGGCGGCAGUGGUGCCCAGCGCACCUACCAAGGAAGGCAUGCCACAGACCCUCCAGCUCACACAGAAGUACAUCGACCACGAGGCUCUGAACGCGUUCUUGCACGAUCGCAUGUACGCUUACGAGAUGCACUGGAACAGAUAUCAAUGCUUUGACGGCGAUGAACUUCUAGCCCACAGUGGGCACGGCGACCAGGCUGUCUACAAGAUACGAGAGCUGGCGCCCCCACCGGUCAGGGACAAGGGGGCCCCGACGGCGCGAGUUAUGGCAACAGAAUGGGUGGCGAGUCUCUUGCGGGACCUCGUUCACAUCCUCAGCAGCGGCUCGCGCGAGGCAGGCGGCAAGGACGCGGUCCACAUCAAGUCCAUCAAGGAGGCGAUGACCCAGAAGGGGGCCCUCGUCCAGCGCCACCAGCAUGGCGAGGAGCUCAUGACCCUGUGGUCCCACGUCUUCGAGACCAUCCUGGAAUGCAUGAAGGAGCCGCAGGAGCUGCCAGAGUGCCUGGAAUACCUCCAGUACUGGCAGCAGAAGUCCGCGGGGGCCCUGCGCAAGUGGACCAAGUCGAAGGUCCCGUGGGAGCCCUUGGUACCACAGCACGCGAGAGAGGCAAAAUCCAGACUCGGUGAGCCUCCAGAGACAGCCCCCGCAGGCGAGACGUACCAGCACGUCGCCAUGAUGAGGAAGAGAGUGGCGCUGAAUGGGUGCUACACCGAGGGCAAAUUCUGGGCGCGAGGGAUCGUGGCAGGAUCCGUGUUCGGCCCGCUGUGCUUGCCCCUCGGUCUCAUCGGCGCCAUCGACGACCUCUACGUCGCGAGCCCGAGGGCCGACAUGUGCCUAUACUUCGACGACCUCGCGGCGUCGACCCGAGGCGACGUGGCCGCCGUGGCGGCGCUCCACAUGAAGCUGACCGACGAGAUCGCCCUCGCUUUCGAGCAGGUGCUCAAGCUGCAGCUAUCGAGAGGCAGGGACGGCAAGACCGUAGUCGCGGUCUCGCAUGGCAGUGUGGAGCGGCAGCUUGGCAGCCACAACAAGCAGAUGGGCAUUCAGGUGGUGCGAGAAGCCGUGCAUUUGGGUGUGACCCAGCCAGCUGAGCGGCGACGUCGUGUCGGAGCCCAGUCCAAGAGGAUCAUGAAGGCCAAGGCCAGGAGCUGGAAGACCCAGCGGGUCAAGGCCGCAGGAGGCGCAGCGGAGAAGGUGGUCAAGCUCGGGAGCGCGCCGCCGAAGCUCUACGGCACACGCGUGCAGGGCGCCACGGACACGCUGAUCACCACGCGCGGGCAGACGGUGGCGGCGGCCGUCCCUGGCUGCAACAAGGGAAGGUCGGCCGCGCUGGUGCUGCUGGCGGAGGACGCGGACCCUGCCGUGAUCGCCAACGCGGGGCCCAUCGUGGAGUGGGCCAGGGCGUGGCAGGAGGCGACGGACAUGGCCACGCGCGGCCUCCUGGUCACGAGCUGGCGCUCGUGGUGA